AUGACGGGUAACGACGCAGAACUCGGCUCAAUUGCAAAUCCAGUGAAAUUCAAAAACCAAGAUUAUGAAACUCUGCUCAGAGCAUGUCUCAAGUCCGGUACUCUUUUUUCCGACCCGAUUUUUGCCGCUGACCAGAGUUCCAUCGGCAUGCCUGCCGACCCUGACCCGAACAAGGCAGUAAAGUGGUUGCGACCAAAGGAUAUUAGUAGCAAUGCCGUGUUUGUGGAGGGCACCAUGGGCACCACAGAUAUCUGCCAGGGCCAGCUGGGUAACUGCUGGUUACUCGCUGCCCUGUCCUGUCUCACCAUGCACCCCACACUCUUUGUGAAAGUGGUACCUCCUGAGCAGAGCCUGACAGAACCCUAUGCUGGAAUAUUCCAUUUUAGGUUCUGGCAGUAUGGUGAGUGGGUGGAGGUGGUAGUGGAUGAUAGGUUGCCUGUGAGAGGUGGCCGUCUGCUCUUCAGUUACUCUCGCUCCAGCAAUGAGUUCUGGAGCGCCCUAGUGGAGAAAGCUUAUGCCAAGCUGAUCGGCUCUUACGGUAGUCUGAAGGGGGGGAACAUCUCUGAGGGGAUGGAAGAUUUUACAGGGGGAAUUGCUCGUUCUCUUCCUGUGUCCGCACACACACCACGCGUGCUCUGGAGAGCUCUCACUGCCUCUCUGUCCAGAGGGAGUCUCCUCAGCUGCUUCAUACAGGCUAAUAACUGGAGAGAGAUUGGCACAAUAACCGCGGAAGGACUGGUCAAAGGUCAUGCCUAUGCCAUCACAGAGACUGAUAAGGUUCAGAAGGGCUCAGAGGAAGUGUUGCUGUUGAGAUUGCGUAAUCCAUGGGGUUUUGUUGAAUACUGUGGACCCUGGAGUGACAAAUGUAAUGAUUGGGAUGGCAUUGAUAGCGCUGAAAAGAAAAGGAUUGAGCUGAUCAAGGCGGAAGAUGGAGAGUUCUGGAUUGGAGUAGAGGACUUCAGUAAACUGUUUGACACAGUUGAGCUGUGCAGUGUUAACCCAGAUUCUCUGGCUGGAGAGGAGAGUGGCACUGCUACCACAGCCUCCUGGAGCCUAACGUCCUACCAAGGCUCCUGGGUUCCCAUGUGCUCUGCUGGGGGUAGCCGCAGGUUCAAACGAACUUUCUGGAAGAAUCCUCAGUUCCAGCUAGUGCUGUCUGAGCGAGACCUGGAGAUGGAUGAUGAUGAUGAGGCUGAUGAUGAUGAUGAUGAUGAUGAUGAUAUUGAGGAAGAUGGUGCAGAGAGAUCCACUGGAAUCACUCAGAAACAGAAGGAGAAGGAGAAGAAGUGCACAGUGCUGGUAGAGCUCCUGCAAAAAGACCGCAGACAGAAAGAUAAAAUCAAUUUCCUGUACAUCGCCUUUCAUAUUUACAAGGUGUCUCCUGAGCUUCAGAACAGCCCUGGUUCUCUGGAUCAGAAAUUUUUCUCCUCCAACCGGCCAGUGGGUCGCUCUGGAAAGUACCGGAACAUCCGUGGCGUGUGGAGAAAGGUGCACCUGGACCCUGGGCAUUACGUCAUUGUUACAUCCACUUACAGACCCAACCAGCCAGGAGAGUUCUUCCUUCGCAUUUACGCCAAGACUGGCAAUACACUGGGUAUCCAGGAUUUCACCUGCAACACUGACUUCCUCACGACUGUAAUGUCAGUUCCAGUGUCACUGGAGGACCAAAUGAGGGUUCAGAAGUGGUUUGAUCGGGAAGCUGGAUCAGAUGACAGACUCAGUCCAGUGGAGUUCAUGAAGCUGGCCAAUUCAGUGCUGGAGAAGGACUACCAGCUUCCACUGGAGACAUGCAGACAACUCAUCCUCAGUGAAAAUACUGGAGGCCGGACCAGGCUGAACAGACAGCAGGCUGAGAAACUCUUGGCCUCUCUGCGUAACCUACAGAGUAUCUUUUUCCAGUAUGAUGUGGAUGCAUCUGGAUCCAUGAAUCCAUUUGAGCUCAGUGAAGCACUGAAGGCAGCAGGUGUGCAGUGUGACAGCGCUCUGGUCCAGGUGUUGUGGGAGCGGUUUGGCUCUGGGGAGCUCCACCUGCCCUUUUCCGGCUUUGUUUCCUGCGUUGCCAGGCUGCAAACACUUUACAAUUUAUAUGAGUCAGAGAGCAGCAAAGAGGUGAAGAAUAGAGGGAUUACUGCUUGGCUGCUCAGGUUCCUGGCCUUGUGA